AAUUUUGACAUGAUUGUGUAGUUUCUGUUUUGAUUUUUAAUGUGGUGGAUUACAUUAAUAGUUAUUCUACUAUUGAACUAUUCUUAUGUUCCUAUGACAACUAAACUGGCCAUUAUAUACUCUUAAAAUAUGUACCUUUGAAUUUGAUUUACUCUAAUAUUUUAUUUAAGAUUUGUGUUCAUAAUUGAGAUGUGUAUACCUUUUCCUAGUUUUAACGUUGAGAUUAUACUAGCAUCGUAAAAUGAGUUGGGGAGAUUUUCUUGUGUUUUUAGUCACUGAGACAGUUUGUAUACUGUAGGAAUUAUGUUUUUUUUGAAUGUUCAUAGAACUUGUUUGUAGAGUUGCUUGAGUCUGAUGUUCUGGCAGAGGAAACUUAAAUCCAAAUUCAUUUUUGUAAAUGGUUUUGGUAUGCAGAAUUCUACAAUGGCCCCCACACCUGUACGGUUAUCUCCCCUCGACUGUGGGAAGGACCUGUGGAUAUGAGGAGAUAUUAUUCCCAUGAUUAGUUUACUAAUCAGUUGACUUUGAGUUAACCACAGGGAGAAUGUUCCGGUGGGACUGACCUAAUCAGGUGAUUAGAACUUUAAAGGGACUGGUCCCUUCCUAAAUUCAGAGAAUUUAGAAGGGUGACAGGGACUGUUGAGGGGCCAGGUAUCAAGGGCCUGAGAGCGGCCUCUAAGAGCUAAGAGAAGUCCCCACUGACAGCAAAACGCUGGGACUCCUUUUCUACUGCAAGGAAAUGAAUUCUGCAGACAACCUGAAGGGACUGGGAAACGUCACUUUCCCUAGUUUAGCUUCCAGAUGAGAAUGCAGCCGACUGAUACCUUGAUUUCAACCUUGUGAGCCCUGAAGCGGAGGACUGAGCCGUGAAGUGCCCUGACUUCUGACCAGCAGGACUGUGAGCUAGUAAAUGGGUGCUAUUUCAAGUCACUAAAUUGGGGAUCCUUGCCACGGCUGGCACUGACUUUGACCUGCGAACUCUGCGGGCUGUGCGUGUGCUUAGGCCCCUGAAGCUGGUGUCUGGGAUUCCGAGUCUGCAGGUGGUGCUCAAGUCCAUCAUGAAGGCCAUGGUUCCGCUCCUGCAGAUCGGGCUGCUUCUCUUCUUCGCCAUCCUCAUGUUCGCCAUCAUCGGCCUCGAGUUCUACAUGGGCAAAUUCCACAAGGCCUGUUUCUCCAACAGCACAGAUGCAGACCCAGUGGGUGACUUCCCCUGUGGCAAGGAGGCCCCAGCCCGGCUGUGUGAGGGUGACACUGAGUGCCGGGAGUACUGGCCAGGACCCAACUUUGGCAUCACCAACUUUGACAACAUCCUCUUUGCCAUCUUGACGGUGUUCCAGUGCAUCACCAUGGAGGGCUGGACUGACAUCCUCUACAAUACGAAUGAUGCAGCUGGCAACACCUGGAACUGGCUCUACUUCAUCCCUCUCAUCAUCAUCGGCUCCUUCUUCAUGCUCAACCUGGUGCUGGGCGUGCUCUCAGGAGAGUUUGCCAAGGAACGUGAGAGGGUGGAGAACCGCCGGGCCUUCCUGAAGCUCCGCCGGCAGCAGCAGAUUGAGCGGGAACUCAAUGGGUACCUGGAGUGGAUCUUCAAGGCUGAGGAAGUCAUGCUGGCUGAGGAGGACAAGAACGCGGAGGAGAAGUCCCCUCUGGAUGCAGUGUUGAAGAGAGCAGCCACCAAGAAGAGCCGAAACGACCUGAUCCACGCGGAGGAGGGGGAGGACCGGUUUGCAGACCUCUGUGCUGUUGGAUCCCCCUUCGCUCGUGCCAGCCUCAAGAGCGGGAAGACAGAGAGCUCGUCGUACUUCCGUAGGAAGGAGAAGAUGUUCCGGUUCUUCAUCCGGCGCAUGGUGAAGGCGCAGAGCUUCUACUGGGUGGUGCUGUGCGUGGUGGCCCUGAACACAGUGUGUGUGGCCAUGGUGCACUACAACCAGCCGCAGCGGCUCACCACGGCGCUGUACUUUGCAGAGUUUGUUUUCCUGGGUCUCUUCCUCACAGAGAUGUCCCUGAAGAUGUAUGGCCUGGGGCCCAGAAGCUACUUUCGGUCUUCCUUCAACUGCUUCGAUUUUGGGGUCAUUGUGGGGAGCAUCUUUGAAGUGGUCUGGGCUGCCAUAAAGCCAGGAACCUCAUUUGGGAUCAGCGUGCUGCGGGCACUCCGGUUGCUGAGGAUCUUCAAAGUCACAAAGUACUGGAACUCCUUGCGGAACUUGGUGGUGUCUCUGCUCAACUCCAUGAAAUCUAUCAUCAGCCUCCUCUUCCUGCUCUUCCUGUUCAUCGUGGUCUUUGCUCUGCUGGGCAUGCAGCUGUUUGGGGGACAGUUCAACUUUGAAGAUGAGACUCCAACGACCAACUUUGACACCUUUCCCGCUGCCAUCCUCACUGUCUUCCAGAUCCUGACCGGAGAGGACUGGAAUGCAGUGAUGUAUCAUGGGAUUGAGUCGCAGGGCGGAGUUAGCAAAGGCAUGUUCUCGUCCUUCUACUUCAUCGUCCUGACGCUGUUUGGAAAUUACACCCUGCUGAAUGUCUUCCUGGCCAUCGCUGUGGACAACCUUGCCAAUGCCCAGGAGCUGACCAAGGAUGAAGAGGAGAUGGAAGAAGCAGCCAAUCAGAAGCUCGCUCUGCAAAAGGCCAAAGAAGUGGCUGAAGUCAGCCCCAUGUCUGCUGCGAACAUCUCCAUUGCUGCUUUUGUAAAGCAAACUCGAGGUACUGUAUCUCGCAGCUCAUCUGUCUCCAGCGUAAACUCACCGCAGCAGAACUCGGCCAAAGCACGCUCGGUGUGGGAGCAGCGGGCCAGCCAGCUGCGGCUGCAGAACCUGCGGGCCAGCCGCGAGGCGCUGUACAGCGAGAUGGACCCCGAGGAGCGGCUGCACUACGCCACCACGCGCCACCUGCGGCCCGACAUGAAGACGCACCUGGACCGGCCGCUCGUGGUGGAGCCGGGCCGGGAGGGCGCGCGGGGGCCCGCGGGGGGCAAGGCCCGGCCCGAGGGCGGAGAGGCCAGCGAGGGCGCGGACCCGCCGCGCAGGCACCACCGGCACCGCGACAAGGCCCCGGCCCCGGCGGGGGAGCAGGACAGGGCGGAGGCCCCAAAGGCCGACGGCGGGGAGCCCGGGGGGCGGCCGCACCGCAGCCGCAGCAAGGAGACCCGGAGCGAGCGCGGCCGCGGCCCGGGUUCCGAGGGCGGCCGGCGCCACCACCGGCGUGGCUCCCCGGAGGAGGCGGCCGAGCGGGAGCCCCGGCGGCACCGGGCCCACCGGCACGCGCCCGACCAGGGCAAGGAGGGCGAGCGCCGAGCGCGGCACCGCGGCCCCCGGGCCGGCCCCAGGGAGGCCGAGAGCGGCGAGGAGCCGGCGCGGCGGCACCGGGCCCGGCAUAAGGCGCUGCCCGCCCACGAGGAUGCGGAGAAGGAGGCCGCGGAGAGGGAGAGCGGGGUCGAGGACAGGGACAAGGACAAGGAGCUGCGGAACCACCAACCCAGGGAGCCGCACUGUGACCUGGAGGCCACUGGGAUAAUGGGUGUGGGUCCUGUGCAUGCGCUCCCAAGUACCUGUCUACAGAAAGUGGAGGAACAGCCAGAGGAUGCAGAUAAUCAGCGGAAUGUCACUCGGAUGGGCAGUCAACCCUCAGACCCGAGCACUACUGUGCCUAUCCCAGUGAUGCUGACUGGACCUCCUGGGGAGACCACAGUUGUUCCCAGUGGUAACGUGGACCUGGAAAGCCAAGCAGAGGGGAAGAAGGAGGUGGAAGCUGAUGAUGUGAUGAGGAGUGGCCCCCGACCCAUCGUCCCAUACAGCUCCAUGUUCUGUUUAAGCCCCACCAACCUGCUCCGCCGCUUCUGCCAUUACAUCGUGACCAUGCGGUACUUCGAGAUGGUCAUUCUUGUGGUCAUUGCCCUGAGCAGCAUCGCCCUGGCUGCCGAGGAUCCUGUGAGGACAGACUCGCCCCGGAACAAUGCUCUAAAGUACAUGGACUACAUUUUCACAGGCGUCUUCACCUUUGAGAUGGUGAUGAAGAUGAUCGACUUGGGUCUGCUGCUGCACCCUGGGGCCUACUUCCGAGACCUGUGGAAUAUUCUGGACUUCAUUGUGGUCAGUGGGGCCCUGGUGGCGUUUGCCUUCUCGAGCUUCAUGGGAGGAUCCAAAGGGAAAGACAUCAACACCAUCAAGUCCCUGAGAGUCCUGCGCGUCCUACGGCCCCUCAAGACCAUUAAACGGCUGCCUAAGCUCAAGGCUGUGUUUGACUGUGUGGUGAACUCUCUGAAGAACGUCCUCAACAUCCUGAUUGUCUACAUGCUCUUCAUGUUCAUAUUUGCUGUCAUCGCGGUGCAGCUCUUCAAAGGGAAGUUUUUCUACUGCACUGACGAGUCCAAGGAGCUGGAGAGGGACUGCAGGGGUCAGUAUUUGGAUUAUGAGAAGGAGGAAGUGGAAGCUCAACCACGGCAGUGGAAGAAAUAUGACUUUCACUAUGACAACGUGCUCUGGGCUCUGCUGACACUGUUCACGGUGUCCACGGGAGAAGGGUGGCCCAUGGUGCUGAAACACUCAGUGGAUGCCACCUAUGAGGAACAGGGCCCAAGCCCUGGGUACCGCAUGGAGUUGUCCAUCUUCUAUGUGGUCUACUUUGUGGUCUUCCCCUUCUUCUUUGUCAACAUCUUCGUGGCCUUGAUCAUCAUCACCUUCCAGGAGCAGGGGGACAAGGUGAUGUCUGAAUGCAGCCUGGAGAAGAAUGAGAGGGCUUGCAUUGACUUUGCCAUCAGCGCCAAGCCCCUGACGCGGUACAUGCCCCAGAACAAACAGUCCUUCCAGUACAAGACGUGGACGUUUGUGGUGUCGCCACCCUUCGAGUACUUCAUCAUGGCCAUGAUAGCCCUCAACACAGUGGUGUUGAUGAUGAAGUUCUAUGACGCACCCUACGAGUACGAGCUGAUGUUGAAAUGCCUGAACAUUGUGUUCACAUCCAUGUUCUCCAUGGAAUGCGUGCUGAAGAUCAUCGCCUUUGGGGUGCUGAACUACUUCAGAGAUGCCUGGAAUGUCUUUGACUUUGUCACUGUGCUGGGAAGUAUUACUGAUAUUUUAGUAACAGAGAUUGCGGAAACGAACAACUUCAUCAACCUGAGCUUCCUCCGCCUCUUCCGUGCCGCCCGGCUCAUCAAGCUGCUCCGCCAGGGCUACACCAUCCGCAUCCUGCUGUGGACCUUCGUCCAGUCCUUCAAGGCCCUGCCCUACGUGUGCCUGCUCAUCGCCAUGCUGUUCUUCAUCUAUGCCAUCAUUGGCAUGCAGGUGUUUGGAAAUAUUGCCCUGGAUGAUGACACCAGCAUCAACCGACACAACAACUUCCGGACAUUUUUACAAGCCUUGAUGCUGCUGUUCAGGAGUGCCACCGGGGAGGCCUGGCAUGAGAUCAUGCUGUCUUGCCUCAGCAACCAGGCCUGUGAUGAGCAUGCCAAUGCCAGUGAGUGUGGGAGCGACUUUGCCUAUUUUUACUUCGUCUCCUUCAUCUUCCUUUGCUCCUUUCUGAUGUUGAACCUCUUUGUGGCUGUGAUCAUGGACAAUUUUGAGUACCUUACGCGGGACUCUUCCAUCCUAGGGCCUCACCACCUGGACGAGUUCAUCCGGGUCUGGGCUGAGUACGACCCGGCUGCGUGUGGGCGCAUCAGUUACAGUGACAUGUUUGAGAUGCUGAAACACAUGUCCCCGCCCCUGGGGCUGGGGAAGAAGUGCCCUGCUCGGGUGGCAUACAAGCGCCUGGUUCGCAUGAACAUGCCCAUCUCCAAUGAGGACAUGACCGUCCACUUCACAUCCACACUGAUGGCCCUCAUCCGGACUGCACUGGAGAUCAAGCUGGCUCCAGCUGGCACGAAGCAGCAUCAGUGCGACGCAGAGUUGAGAAAGGAGAUUUCCUCUGUGUGGGCCAAUCUGCCCCAGAAGACCCUGGAUUUACUGGUGCCACCCCAUAAACCUGAUGAGAUGACAGUGGGGAAAGUCUACGCAGCUCUGAUGAUAUUUGACUUCUACAAACAGAACAAAACCACUAGAGACCAGAUUCACCAGGCUCCUGGAGGCCUGUCCCAGAUGGGCCCCGUGUCCCUGUUCCACCCUCUGAAGGCCACGCUGGAGCAGACGCAGCCAGCUGUUCUCCGAGGAGCCCGGGUUUUCCUUCGGCAGAAGAGCUCAGCCUCCCUCAGCAAUGGUGGGGCCGUACAAACCCAAGAGAGUGGCAUCAAGGAGUCUGUCUCCUGGGGCACUCAGAGGACCCAGGAGGGGCCCUAUGAGGCGAGGACACCCUUGGAGCGCGGCCACUCUGCAGAGAUCCCAGUGGUGCAGCCAGGAAAAUCAGUGAGGGCUGUGGAUGUCCAGAUGCAGAGCAUGGCCCUGAGAGGCCCUGAUGGGGAGCCCCAACCUGGGCUGGAGAGCCAGGGCCGAGCGGCCUCCAUGCCCCGCCUGGCGGCAGAGACUCAGCCGGCCCCAGAUGCCAGUCCCAUGAAGCGCUCCAUCUCCACGCUGGCACCACAGCGCUCCCACGUGGCCCAUCUCUGCACUGCUGCCCUGGACCGUGCGCCAGCCAGCCAGGCGCCUCACCACCACCACCGCUGCCACCGCCGCAGGGACCGGAAGCAGAAGUCCCUGGAAAAGGGGCCCAGCCUGUCUGCAGACACGGAUGGCGCCCCCAGCAGCACUGCGGGGCCAGGGCCGCCCCUGGCAGAGGGGCCCGCAGGCUGCCGGCGGGAGCGCAGACAGGAGCGUGGCCGGUCCCAGGAGCGGAGGCAGCCCUCCUCCUCCUCCUCUGAGAAGCAGCGCUUCUACUCCUGCGACCGCUUUGGGGGCCGUGAGCCCCCACAGCCCAAGCCUGCCCUUGGCAGCCACCCCACGUCACCGACGGCCGGGCAGGAGCCAGGACCCCCACGACAGGGUGGUGGCUCGGUGAAUGGGAGCCCCUUGCUGUCAACAUCUGGUGCUAGCACCCCUGGCCGUGGGGGCCGCAGGCAGCUCCCCCAGACCCCCCUGACCCCCCGUCCCAGCAUCACCUACAAGACGGCCAACUCCUCACCCGUCCAUUUCACCGGGGCUCAGACCAGCCUCCCCGCCUUCUCCCCUGGCCGACUUAGCCGCGGCCUUUCUGAACACAAUGCCCUGCUCCAGAGAGACCCCCUCAGCCAGCCCCUGGCUCCUGGCUCUCGGAUCGGCUCCGACCCUUACCUGGGGCAGCGUCUGGACAGCGAGGCCGCUGCCCGCACCCAGCCUGAGGACACGCUCACCUUCGAGGAGGCUGUGGCCACCAACUCGGGCCGCUCCUCCCGGACUUCCUACGUGUCCUCCCUGACCUCCCAGUCCCACCCCCUCCGCCGUGUGCCCAACGGCUACCACUGCACUCUGGGGCUCAGCUCAGGCAGCCGGGCACGGCACAGCUACCACCACCCCGACCAAGACCACUGGUGCUAGCUGUGCCCCACUGCCGCCACGCACCCGCUCAGCGGGCAUGUUCCCGUCGAUGAGUUUUAUCAUCCACGCUGGGCUCUUGGGGAUGCUCCGGGCUCCAGGGCGGGCGCGGCAGCUCCUCGGAGGAGGGGCCGCCCUCCCGGGCAAGCUGAGUGGAGGCCCUCCUGCUCCCCUCUCCUCUCUCACGCUGAAUGGAUGACUAGAGCCCUUCUGUAGAGGGCUGGGCUUCCUCCAUCUCCUCCUCUGCUGCCUUCCAGGGUCUCACCCCACAGACCCCACGCAGGAAGCAGCCGUGUGUGUUGAACAGGACCCAGCCAGUCUGAGUCCUGUGUGAUGGACUCCAGCAUCUGGGGUGCAUGCUUGGAACCUUUUUUAGGAGGGCCAAAUCUUGUUGGGAGCAUCCUUUAUCCAAAUGUGUGCUACAGAGGGCCGGGCAUGUCUAUAAGCGUCGCGAGACUGCGGGCCAAAGUCGGCAAUGACAGAGCUGCAGCCCCGCAUCUGGUAGCCUGGCCGCUGUUCCGUGCAGGCCUCUCCCGCGCCACAUGCGCCGGCGUGCUCUUCGUACCUUCGGCAGCAAAUGGAUGCUAGAAACACACUCAGAUGCGCUCUGUCCUCUCCAGACACUGUCAGCUCCGACAGGGACCAAAUCUGGAAAAUGUUCCUGCUGUGGGUUUUGGUUUUUAAUUGCAACACCCUUCACUCUUUUGUCGAUUCUGUAUACUUGAUCUAGAGAAAAUAGAAAACAGAAGGACUGGGAAGGAAAUGUUGACAUUACUUUAAAAAAUCAAACCUGUGGGGAAAUCAGUUUUCCUGCUGUGUGUUUGUGACACUCAUGAGGAGACGCUCUUGUGUGCGGUCCGGGUGGUCCCCAGACGACCCCUGGUUCCCGCUGCUGUCGACCAAGUGCCUGACCUUGAGCCCUCUCACGCCAGGCUCCGGGAGUGGUGAUGUGAGGCCUGUAUGAACUGUGGGUGGGUUUUGUGGAAACUGUUCCAAACAGCAACCAAGUAGAGAGCUGGUGUCAACGGAGAACACUCAGACGACAUCCCGGGGCAUGGAUGUAACUAGAAAUGGGGCGACCAUUCCCUGUGUCCCUCCCACGCAUGGAAACCACAGCACAGAGUGGAGUAUGUGCUCGUGUGGGGCGUUUUCAGGCUGUUCUGCAUCUCAUACUCAGGGACAGGAGGGUGCCAAGCAGGGCAUGAUCUCUCGUUGUGAAAGCUUCUUUUCACAUGAUACCCAGAGGGGCAUGGGCUAGGGGGUGGAUAUGGGGCCGUCAGGCCGUGAGGAGGCUGGUGUCUGAGUAGAUGUGACGCCCUGACUGAGAUGAGGCCUAAACUCGGAGGAAGCGAUUGAUGGAGAAACUCAGCUACUGUGGCUGAGGUGGGGGCAUCUGAAGCCCACCAAAUGGGCUUUUCCACCAUUUCUGGAAAAGCAGGCAGCAAAAGCAAAAUUUAGCCUUGUGGCCACUCCCAAAAGGGAGAGACUGUAGUUGACAUGUUGUGCAUAACACGCUAGGAGACCCUUUGUUUGGGGAAGAAAAGGAGCAUUUAGACGAGUUGAUUCUGGUGUGUCCUCCACGUUCUGAAAUGUCAAAUGACCUCUCUGCUGGAUCAUUUGAGUGUCCCCAUUGGCUUUUACCCCAGGAUUCUCCUUCAAGAAACGUGGUGUGUGGUGUAUGUGCGUGUCCGUGUGUGGAGGUGCGUCCCAGGGAGCAGAUGCCGUUAACUCAUAGGGUUAUGCAACAAGACACACAAGACCACCCCCUGUUCUAGGGUUUCAGCAUGAUUGUGACCAAACCAUUUUAUAGAAUUUCCGUACUCGAAGGCACAACACUCUGAAACUUUAAGAUAACAGAGUAUUUUACUCCAGUAGGAUAUGACUGAACUGGAGUCUCUGACUGUGCAUGUGAAUGCUGUGCUCCUGUUGCAAAGCAGAAGGUCGUGUAUUUCGAAGCUGCUGUUUUGUCUUUGCUCCCCCAGCCGCGUUAAUUUGAAUGUAUCCAUUCCGUGCAGAACCACAGCUGCUUCCCCAAGCCAUGUCUGGUGGAGAAUCCGCUUUUCCAGAUCCACACAGCCUCGCUGGCGUGUCUGGAUUCCCCUAGACUCUGGAAUUGGUGAAAUUUACAGGGAGUGGGGAGGAGAUGUCGUGUCUUGUUUCCUGAUGUUGGGUUUUGUUCCUGCACCGUCUCUUCUCAGCUAUCAUAUGUUUCCCCUGAAAUCUCAUAGUGAGUUGCCAAAUUUUAAGUGCAUCAACCAGUUGUCUGCAUCUGGAACCAGUCAAGCAGUGGCUGUAGUUUGAAUAAGUUACGUGUGCAUGUAAAAUAUAUACAUAUAUACAUAUAUACAAGUAUGUGCAUGAAAAUGUAUAUCUUCGUACUUUUUGAUACAAUGUAUUCAUUUGUUAAUUUUUAAUUAUAUUUGAUAUAAAUCAAAGGUUUGUUGCAAAACUUUAUAUUUAAGAACAGUGUUAAAAAAAAAAAAAAAAAGAGAAGUCCCAACCAUGCAACACAACUGGGACUCACUUUAAAAAAAAAUCUGUGAUUGACUAGUUUGCUGCCUGAGUAAUAUUUAUCAGCCAAACUUUGGAUUCUGCUAUUGUUUCUACAAUGACAUUUUGUAUGAAGCAAAGUCCUUGGAUUAAAAUAAAACUUAGCAAAAAAUCAAAA